UUCCCUCCACCAUCGCCUCCCAACCGCGCUCCAAUCCUCUUCGGCUCUUCGCCGGAAUCUACUUUCGUAUCCUCACCGCCGACAGGUCGCUAUGGCGUGCGAGGAUCCCGACCACCGCGGCCCGCCGGAGCGGUCCUCCGACCAGCCCGCCCUCUUCGAUGACGACAUGGCCGCCUUCGGCGCCGUCCUCGGCGCGGACCUCCCUUUGGCCGCGGCGGUCGACGCGCUCACCCGCUGCAGCGGCGACACCGAGCGGCCCAUCAAAUGGCUCCCGGACAAUGCCGCCGACCGCGAUGGCGGCGACGUCGAGCCGGAGAAAGGUCCUGCUGGUGUUGCCGCUCCGGUGCCUGCUCCGAGGGGCGUCACUGCGGAGCGCGGCGGUGCCGGCGGCGCUCUCCCCGCGCGGCCGCCGCCUCCGGUGAAGGUUGAAGCCGUGGCCGGGGUCAGGGUUGAGGUCAAGACGGAGCCAAUCGAUGCCGACGAGGUGAAGGUGAAGAUUGAAGCUCCCGAAGAGGUGAGGGGAAGAUGAAGGUUGAAGCUCCCGGCGAGGCCGAGGUCAAGGUGAAGAUGGAGGUUGAAGCUCCCGGCGAGGCCGAGGUCAAGGUGAAGAUGGAGGUUGAAGCUCCCGGCGAGGCCGAGGUCAAGCAGGAGGAUGAGGCCGAUGUCAAGGAAGAGGAGCCGCGCGGUUCGCCCAUCAAAGGUCAGGUUUUUUCACCGCGCCGUGUGAAGGAGGAUGAGAGUGACUGCAGCGAAGCCGAGGUGGAGGUGGUGGAACCCUCGGCGAGGUCCAAGAAGAGGCCCCACGAAGACGACGGCGUGGUCUUCAUCGACCUGACGACGUCCCACCCGGCGCCGUACCUCAACCCGAAGCCCAUCCGCGCGAUGCCGCCGCCGGGGGCCAUCCCGAAGAACGAGUGGAGGAUGGUGGUGGCGUCGCCACCGGCGGAGCUGGACGAGUACCCACCGGACCGCCGCGAGUGGUGCUUCUUCAAGAAGUCGUAUGCCACCGGGCUGUCGACGUGCCGCGGGAGGAAGCUGCUCGACGGCGGCGAGGUCGUCCACUUCGCGUUCCCGUCGCACGACAGGCUCCGUGGCGGGAUCAGGAUGUCGUACAGGCAGGAGGCUGCUCUGAUGGAGAUCGUGCGCUUCUCGACCAACCGAUCUGGAGAGAUUGGGAAGCUGUCUCCCGUGUGGGCAAAGUGCCUUGCCCCGCUGGUAAAUUCUUCCACGAUCAAGGUCCAGGGGAAGAUUGUGUUUCCGAUGAUGGAGCUGAGGCUGAUGCAGGAAGUUUUGCUGUAUGUCAGCUUCUACGUCCACCGCUCAUCCAUGUGCCUGAUUGCUCCUGAAAACGCUCACCAUCCAGACAAUCCUCUUCGCGGCCUGUUCAAGUUGCUCCGGAGAUUCGGCGUACCUGAAGUCUGAAGCCCCUGUGCCCAGUCGACAUCGAUGGCCGCGCUUGGAAAGGAAGGGCAAGUUUGCCAUAAGUUUUAGGAACUCGCUAGGAAUAGAGUAGUAGUGCAUCGGUUCACCGUGCUGGCUAAUUUUGCUCUAAUCUUGCCGCACGGCAUGGCUUCUAAGCGUUCUUGUAUCUAUGCCGCCCCCAGUUAACUCUGAUUUCUACUCCUAGCUCUGCUAGGCUAAUGGUGUCGUCCCGUGUUGAAACUUGAAAUGUUGAGCUUGAGCGAUGGUGUCGGGUUCAUUGUUUUCAAACAUCAUGCA